UAGUCUUCCGAAUAUGUCAGAUGAGGGCUCAGGCGAAGCGACCGAUGGCAGCUAUGAUUCGGAAUAUUCAGACCAAGAUUUAGAUGCCAACGAACUUUCUUUCGAGCUGAGGAAAAAACUUGACGCCAGGGCUUCCAGAGCCCCGGUUAAAAAAACAUCACUUAUCGCUAGAAGGAACAAGAACGCCCCGGUAGUGCGGUCCGCAAAGCAGCCGGUCCCUGCGAAAACUGCCGUGCUGUCCUUAUCGUCACUACCGCCCAAGGCAAAACCCAGAGACCCCAGAUUUGACUCCGCAACUGAAGAUUUUGACUACGGCUUGUUCAAGCACAGAUAUGGAUUCAUUGACGAGAUAAGAGCCAACGAGUGCGAGGAACUGAAAAAGGCCAUCGAAAAAGCGGAAGAACCUGACGAACAAGACAGGCUCAAAAGUGCUCUCAUUCUGCUCCAAAGCAGGCAAAAAUCAGAACAGGAAAAGCAGCUACGUCAAAAAAUUAAAUCAAGAUACAUCAAAGAAGAGAGGGAAAGAGUACUUAAGGGAAAAAAGCCCUUCUACGCCAAAAGAGACAUGUUGAAAAAGCUCAUAAUGAAGGAAAAGCUAGAACGGCUAGAAAAACAAGGGUCUGUCGAUAAAUAUCUAACCAGAAAACGAAAGAAGCAAGCCGCUAAGGACAAGAGAGUUCUCCAAAAAAGGAGGACCUCCUUCCCGGCAGAUCAAUAAAUCACUUUUUUUUGAUUCAAUAGGAGGCAUUCACUUGAGCAUCCUUGAAUCGAAAGUAGGAUUCAAGGCCCCACUCAAAGACUGCCUAUAACCCUCCAGAAAUUCGAUCGUGACAAGCACGUUGUUCAGCUAUCACACUGAACCUUAAUUUCCUUACUCUACAAAACGUGAAAGCGAAUUGUAAGAUACAUUGCACACAACUACACAAAGAGGUGCAUUGGCUCAGUAACAUUUUGUAAGUACAUACCAUAAGUUCGAGGCUUAUGCAGAACAAACUCUAGCUACAUAAGUCAUUUAUAAAACAAUUAUCAAAAAAA